UCUGCAGAGACACGACCAGGACUUCAGCACUUCCUGCUGAAGUAUUCAUUGAUUCGCAUGUUCGGGUUAGUCAGAACGAAGCCAACGAUGAAUAACAUGUGACAGGGACUUGGACGACCCACUUCCCCAACGCGUCGCACGCGAGCGCGACUGUCUGGAUCCUGCAGAACCACAGAGGACUGGAACAAACGAGCACCGCUGGCUCCGAUUCCCUCAUGCUGACGCGGCGCGCAGCUCGACCACAGCUUCCUCUGCCACCGAGCUGCUGCUCUCUCCAGUGCCCUUUUCAUCCUCCGCCAUGGAGCGGAAUCGGGCUGACCUGAGAGCAGUGUGUGGGUUGCAGCCCGGCUUCGCUGCCCACUGUGGGCGCUACUUCUGACUGGCAGCAAUUGAAACGAAUGACAUUGUGUUGCUGAUAACUCCAGCAAUGUGCAAACUAAUGCAAUAAUACGACUGCGUGCUGCUCAGUGGUGUCGUUCUAGUCGUUCAUUAACAUAAUUCACUGCCCCCCUCAUUAAGCUGCUUCCGUCCACUAGGCGGCUCAUUAGUUCACGGGUAGGAACCUCCGGCCGGCAGGUGUUCCCAGCCGGACUAAACAGCGCCCACACGUGUCGCUUCGUUAUCCACCGGGCCUGGUUUUCUUUGUAAGUUAGUGGACGUUUUGUUGUUUUGGAGCUACGGACGCCACCUGAGACGAGCCGAAGCCUCCACCAACCGGAACCGCCGCCCAGACGCCGUGUUCAGGUACAGACUCGUGGUCCACCGCACCCACCCACUGGAAGCUGAAGGCUGCCUGGGAAGCCGGAGCAUCCCUGUUUUGUUGUCCACCGACGAGCAGCAGCACCAGCAUCAAGCCGGAGCAGAGCCGCAGCCUUACGUGGAGCAUCCGGGCAGCGAUGGGAUGCGCCUGGGGAGGGAUCGCUCAUCCAUCUCUGAGUUAGCUGACUGGGGCGUUUUAAUUCUCCACUACACCCACCACCAUGGCCAAACAGUACGAUGUGCUCUUCCGACUCCUGCUUCUCGGAGAUUCUGGGGUUGGGAAAACAUGUUUGUUAUGCAGAUUCACGGACAACGAGUUCCACCCGUCUCACAUCUCCACCAUCGGAGUCGACUUCAAAAUGAAGACCGUGGUAAUAGAUGGGAUCAAAGUACGAAUACAGAUAUGGGACACUGCAGGACAGGAGCGGUACCAGACCAUCACCAAGCAGUACUACAGGCGGGCGCAGGGGAUCUUCCUGGUGUACGAUAUCACGAGUGAGCGAUCCUUCCAGCACAUCAUGAAGUGGGCCAGCGACGUGGACGAGUACGCUCCUGACAAGGUGCAGAAGAUCCUCGUGGGGAACAAGUCGGACGACGUGGAGAAGCGGCAGGUGGCCACAGAGCAGGGUGUAAAGCUGGCCCAGGCUUAUGGGAUGGACUUCUUUGAGACAAGUGCCUUCACCAACCAUAACAUAACAGAGACCUUCACGCGUCUGGCCGAGCAGGUGCUGGCGGCCAAUAAGAAGGACCUGGACCUCCUCCGGAUGUGCGUCACCGACGAGUUCGACCUCUCCGCUCUGGAGGCGGAGGAGGGCCUGUGCGACGGCGGCGAAGGCGACCAGCACAAAGGCUGCUGGUGUUAAAGGACGCGCGUUUGAGGCCGAGGCCUCGGAGCAGGCGGAGGCGGGCGAACCGUCUGGAGCCCGGGUCCAGUGUGACUAGUGUGAACCAGUCCAGUCCUUCCUCUCACCGAGUGACUGAGUCUGUUACUUUUGAUAUAAGAGUGUGGUUGUGAGCAUCUGGCCUUCACUCAUCUGGUUCCUUCCUCUGUAUGUGAGUAUGAACACACCCUGCACGCGCCCAUGGCCUUUAUUCCAUUAAAUGCAUUAGCUGUAGUGUCUGAUAAGUGCCACACGAGGGCGCCACAUGCACGAGGGUCUGGUUUUGGUUGCGGUUGCCUGUGAUGGAACGAAAGGACUGGUUUUAUGCAGCUCAGUUUAUUCUUCAUGCGAGUGAAGUGACGGCUGAAGUCAGACCUGAGCGGUUGCAUUUUCCUGUAGCAAACCUGAAUCUUUCUUUUUUUACUUCAAGGCGCUUGUUUCUAGCAGGUGGAUGGUUUGAUACCUGGCCGCUGCAUUGUACAUAGCCGGUUUUUAAAGGCCUUGUAGAUUGAUAGAAUCACAGGGAUAUUCUAUUAUGGUUCGAAAGGUCAACAUUGAGAUUAUGAAUGGUCUGAAACGUCUCUGAAGCUCCGUCUCAGACCCAACGAGGAACAAGUGAGAGUACUGCAUGCGAUUCACUCUUCUUUAUUUAUUCUAACUUCAGUGAAGUUAAAAAUGAAGUGACCGUAUUACAAGUAUAGCAUUUGACCAGAGUUGCCUGUUGGAAGCUUAUUACACACACGAUGACCAUCAGAGGACAAACUUUGGCCUGUUUUUCCAACCUCUCCUGCUAAAUGCUACUGAAAAUAACUGUUGUUGGUGUGUGCACCAUGUGAAAUGACUGUAGUUCUUACUUUAUACUUCUUUAGUUGUAACUGUGAAGAUAUAUUAAAGUGCAACAUGUUAUUCUUAUGUAUGUCAGAUGUUUGAGUAAAUAUUUGCAGAUAUA